AUGUCGAAAGUUGUGUUUAGUCGAGCCUCCCGCUCCAAAGUAUGGGAUCACUUUGAGAAAAGUGGAGAUAAGCCAGAGGCCAGCUGCAAGUUGUGCAAAAAAAGUUUCAUAUACAACGGAGGGACUACGAGUAAUUUGCUUGCUCACUUGAAGUCGGCACAUCCGUCCGUUGUCGCUUCCAAUGAACCCGCUUCCAAAGUUCAGAAAUCUGGUGCGAUAGACAAGUUUGUUCUUUCUCGAGCUAGAGCCACCAAACCUUGCAGUGGGGCGGAUGCUGAAGCCUUGACGCAGCUGCUUGUGGAUUGGAUCACCACGGACAUGCGUCCUUUGAACAUUGUAAACGACGACGGGCUCAAGCGGUUGCUUCGUUUCAUGGAGCCCAGCUUCAACGUCCCCAGUCGAACUCAUAUUGCCUCCGUCGUCAAGCGCAAACACUCCGAUGGCAAGGAGGAAGUGAAGGCCAUGAUGAAGUCUGCUCGUCGUGUGGCAGUGACGACCGAUGGCUGGACAUCAAAAGCAGUCCGGUCGUACUCGACGUUCACCGCCCAUUUCCUCGACGACAACUGGGACUUACAGAGUGUUGUGUUAGCGACGCGGCCUUUGGACGACAGGCACACAGCAGUAAACAUCGCUGCACAGUUGAAAGAAAUUGUUGAGGAGUUCGGCAUAAGUGAGAAGGUAGUGGCCAUUGUGCACGACGAGGCUCGGAACAUGGUUGCUGCCAGCACACUGCUUCAAGCUGAUAGUGAUAGUGAUGUCCAGGGUGUUGUGUGUGCUGCACACAUGCUGCAGACGUGCUUGCGCCAUGCGCUGGACAGCAGCAAGCCAGUGCAGAAGCUUCUAGCUGAGGGUCGACGUCUUGUGGGGCAUUUCCACCACAGCUCCCACGCAACUGCUCAGCUAAACGCCCAGCAAGUGAGCCAUGCUAAGGAGAACAAGCUUACCCUCCAGCAGCCACUCCGCCUGAUGCAGGACGUCACAACCGGGUGGAACAGCAUGUAUUAUAUGUUGCGACGCUUGCUGGAGCUAAGGCCUCACGUGACCUCUGUUCUGGUGGACACUGCCAAGACGCCCAAGGCUGACCAUAGGGCAUUGCUCUUGAAAGAGAAGCGUUGGGCUACUGCUGAGCAACUCAUGGAGGUCUUAGCUCCUUCGGAAAAAGCGACGCGCCUUCUGAGUGGUCAGAAAUAUCUGACUAUCUCAUGUGUGAUGCCAGUCGUCAUGUCUCUGCACACCAUGGCGCUAGCAGAUGCGGGCAAGGCGGCAGCCAAUGGUGAAGCUGCGAUCGCUCAGCUGUGUCACAAGCUUGCUUCUGAGCUUGCAAACAAGUUUCACCUGGACCCUGUAGACUUGUCCAGGAUGCACGUGUCGGCAGCAGCGCUAGACCCACGCUCGCGCUCCUUGGCAUUCCUGGACGAUGCGGGCCGGAAAGCAGUAAAGCUGGAGCUUCUGCAACGCUGCAUAGCUGACGGCCAGGAGGCGGCAACAGCAGCCGAACCAGCACCAAAGCGUACUCCUCAGGAUUUGGAUUUGUUCUUCGGAGCUGCCACAGUGGAGGAGGUCUCGUACAGUGCUGGAGUGGAGAGGGAGCUGGAGGUGUAUUUCAGCGAAACAACCGCACCUCCAGCUACUAAUCCACUGAAGUGGUGGUGUGUCAAUGAGGACCGGCUGCCACACCUUGCGAAGGUCGCCAAGGCUAUUUUGUGUGUGCCGGCAACUUCCGUUCCUUCCGAGAGAGUGUUCUCGGCUGCCGGCCACAUCGUCAGCAAGCGUCGUGCUGGUCUCUCGGAAGAGAGCGUAGACGCCCUGAUCUUCCUCCAGCAGAACAAGUCGCUGAAGGUGCACACCAGCCAUGCUGUCCCGCCUGAGUUCCGUGCGCCCGUGACCGAGGAAGCUCCUGUUGCUCUGGAUGUUGUGCUGGACGAUGAGCUCCCUCUGCAGCUGCCGUCUCUGUAA